AUGACAGUCAUCUCCCAAGACAGCUCCAAGCUGUCCUCCCUCAUCGAUUCUGAUGGUUCAGAUAUCGACGUAGAAGGAGUACAAAGUGCAGUAACCACACCGGACGAGGAUAUCGGAACGAAUGCUGCGCCAUUACUGGCAGGCAGGCCAAUCAAGGCCAUCAUUGUUGGGGCUGGAAUCGGUGGCAUUGCUACAGCCGUCUUGCUUUCGCACAAGGUUGAUGACUUGACAUAUACGUUAUACGACAGGAACAGCAAGGUGGGGGGAACUUGGGCUGAGAACACCUAUCCCGGCGUGAGGUGUGAUGUGCCCUCCCAUGUAUACCAACUCACCUUUGCUCCCAACACGCAGUGGAGCGAGUACUAUUCGGAAGGCAGUGAGAUACAGAGGUAUUACGCCGGAGUUGUCGACGACUUUGGCGUAAGCCCGAGUCUGCGGCUGUCACACGAAGUGUUGUCUGCGCGUUGGAUCGCAGAAACGUCGGAAUGGGAGGUGCAGGUGAAAAACCUAUCGACUGGGGAGGUCUUCAGCGACAGGGCCAACUUUUUGAUUUCAGCACCUGGAAGAGUCAACGAGCCUUUCUAUCCCGACUUUGAGAACCUUGAGAAGUUCAAAGGGCGCGUCCUGCACACCUCCAGAUGGGAUUCAAGUCUUGAUUUGAACAACAAGCGAGUGGCCGUGAUUGGGAAUGGCGCAUCGGGUCAACAAAUCCUACCCAAUAUUGUGUCGAGAGUGGCACACAUUGACCACUACGUCCGUUCCAAAACGUAUGUUAGCCCGACCUUCCGUAAAGGCCUUUUGGAAGCCUCGGUCGAUAUUCCUGGAGGCCUCGUCUACUCUGCGGAAGAAAAAAGGACGUUUCGAGAAAAUCCAGCGGCAUACCUGGCCUACCGCAAAAACCUCGACAAGCAACACUAUGGUGCUGUCAACAAUCGCAAUUCGAAAUUGGGGUCUGAAGGUAACACCAAGCUGCGGGAGAGUCUUCUCUCAACCAUGCUGGACCGUCUUCACGGUGACAAGGAAUGGCUGGCUCGACUGACUCCUGACUAUGCUCCGGGCUGUAAGAGGCUCACGCCUGCGCCGGGUUAUCUCGAAGCCAUCGUAGGACCCAAGGUCGAGUUCAUCGACGACAAAAUCGUCCGGGCGACAGAGCAUGGUCUGCAGACUGGCGAUGGCAACAUCCGAAAUGUGGACGUGAUCAUCCUCGCCACCGGCUUCCGAGAUGGAUUUUAUCCUCGGUUUCCGACAAUCAAUCAGACAGGGGACGAUCUCUCCAAGAUAUGGCGGCCGGGGGGCAAAGUCGGAUAUCCGGAAACGUACAUGGGUGUCAUGGCGCCAGACACCCCGAACUACUUCUUUGUCCUGCAAGCCCAGGGUAAUGCCUUUGGAGGGUCGGUGCCCUACCAGUGCGAGAUUUCAGCGACGUACAUCGCCAAAGUCAUCCGCAAGGCACAAAGGCAUCGGUACGCCACGGUCAGUCCCACCGUGGCCGCUGCGAGAGAAUUUAGCGAGGUGGUCGACCGCUACUUCGAAGACUCGGUCGUGAAUGACGGAUGUCGAAGCUACUUCAAACUCGGCGGCGGGACCGGCAAGGCAAGGAAUGUCAUCGGAUACCCAGGAACCACCAGGCACAGACUGGAGGUUCUCUCGGACCCGAGGUGGGAAGACUUCGUCUUCGAGACACUAGACGGAGCUCGCUUGGGAGCCGAUCCUCAGGAGAAAACGGCGCCACCCACGGCUCCAAACCGCUUCCAUAGUUUCUGGGCUGACGGGAGGUCGGCACUCGACGAGACCAACGACCUCGACGCGGUGACUUACUAUCUGAAAGAGGCGGGUCAGGCAGACUUGAGGCAUUUGCACGAAGAUUUGACGAUGUGA